AUGGCGACGCAGAGAGCGUCGAAGGCUUCCGCCUUCCAGUUCACUACUCUCUUCUAUCUUCUCCUCUUAUUCAUUUGCCCUCUGGCAUUGAUAGGUCGUGCGCAGGCGCAAGACCAGACUCCUAUGAACGACACAGCCAGCGAGUAUGGCACUGUCAUUGGUAUUGAUUUGGGCACUACAUACUCCUGCGUCGGUGUGAUGCAGCAUGGAAAGGUCGACAUCAUUGUAAACGAUCAAGGAAACCGUAUAACGCCAUCUUAUGUGGCAUUCACUGACGAGGAACGUUUGGUCGGAGAUGCGGCAAAGAACCAAUAUGCUGCAAACCCAGAAAGGACUGUUUUUGAUAUCAAACGUCUCAUCGGUCGAAAAUUCGCAGACAAGGACGUCCAAAAAGACGCCAAGCACUUUCCUUUCAAACUGGUCGAGAAAGAUGGCAAGCCCACUGUCAACGUCGAAGUUCAAGGCAAGCCACGAAACUUUACUCCUGAAGAAAUAUCAGCUAUGGUUCUCGGAAAAAUGAAGGAGGUAGCUGAGGCUUAUCUUGGAAAGAAGGUCACCCACGCUGUCGUUACUGUUCCAGCCUAUUUCAACGAUGCUCAACGUCAAGCUACCAAGGAUGCUGGUAUAAUCGCCGGCCUUACCGUCCUCCGUGUUGUCAACGAACCUACCGCUGCCGCUAUCGCAUAUGGUCUCGACAAAAUCGCCGAUAAAAAGGAACGUCAAAUCAUUGUUUACGAUUUAGGUGGCGGCACAUUUGACGUGUCAUUGCUGUCUGUCGACGAGGGUGUAUUCGAAGUCCUCGCUACCGCUGGUGAUACGCACUUGGGAGGUGAAGAUUUUGACCAGAGAGUGAUGGACCACUUUGUGAAGCUCUAUAACAAGAAGAACGACGUGGACAUCCGCAAGGACCUCAAGACAAUGGGCAAGUUGAAGCGCGAAGUUGAAAAAGCCAAGAGAACGUUGUCGUCGCAAAUGUCGACUCGAAUCGAAAUCGAGUCAUUCCACCAGGGUAAUGAUUUCUCCGAGACACUUACCCGAGCCAAGUUCGAGGAGCUCAACAUGGAUCUGUUCAAGAAGACACUUAAGCCUGUCGAACAGGUAUUGAAGGAUGCCAAGGUCAAGAAAUCCGAGGUUGACGAUAUUGUUCUUGUUGGUGGUUCUACCAGAAUUCCAAAGGUUCAAUCUAUGAUUGAAGAAUACUUUGGUGGAAAGAAGGCCUCUAAGGGUAUUAAUCCUGAUGAAGCUGUCGCUUAUGGUGCUGCUGUUCAAGGCGGUGUUCUUUCUGGUGAGACAGGUACGGAAGAGCUUGUUCUCAUGGAUGUCAACCCUCUCACUUUGGGUAUUGAGACAACUGGUGGCGUCAUGACCAAGCUUAUUCCUCGCAACACUGUCGUUCCUACCAAGAAGGCUCAAAUCUUCAGUACGGCUGCCGAUAACCAGCCUGUCGUCUUGAUCCAGGUCUUCGAAGGUGAACGAUCAAUGACUAAGGACAACAAUCUAUUGGGCAAAUUUGAGCUUACUGGUAUUCCACCUUCACCACGAGGUGUACCUCAGAUCGAAGUCUCAUUCGAGCUUGACGCCAAUGGUAUCCUCAAGGUUAGCGCUGGUGACAAGGGCACUGGCAAGUCGGAAUCUAUCACGAUCACGAACGACAAGGGCCGACUGUCUCAAGAAGAAAUCGAGCGAAUGGUACAGGAAGCCGAGGAAUUCGCCGAGGAAGACAAGGCUCAGCGUGAGAAGAUUGAGGCACGAAACAGUCUCGAGAACUACGCUGUCUCACUGAAGAACCAAGUCAAUGACGAGGAAGGUCUCGGUGGCAAGAUCGACGAAGACGAUAAGGAAACACUUCUCGAUGCCGUCAAGGAAACCACUGACUGGCUCGAGGAGAACGCAUCUACUGCUGAAAAGGAGGACUUUGAAGAACAACGUGAGAAACUCAGCAACGUCGCCUAUCCAAUCACAUCUAAGCUCUACUCUGGUGGUGCCGGUGGCAUGCCAGAUUAUGGCGAUGAUGAUGAGCCAAGUGGCCACGACGAGUUGUAA